AUGACUCUUACCAAAAACCAAGAAAAAGAAAUCUACUUGGCCUACAAGGGCAUCUUCAGCAAGCAAUACUCACAUCUUCGAAAGCUUAAAGGGGUCCAGCUGCGCAUCAAUAACACACUAAAUCAAUCCGUCGUUCAAACUGUGAUUAGAAAGUACGGGAAAGACGAGGUUGUGAAGAAUGUUCGCGUGCUAUUGGAAGCCCAAGUUUUUGAGUCCGAGAAAAUGGCGGAAACUCGGUUCUCCCUUGGAGAACCAUCGCCGCCUCCAACCCCUGAGCCCGAUAACUAUAAGCCGAGAGUAGGUCAGCAGAAGCACAUUCCUGAAGUAGUCAAAGAGCUACUCCAAGACCCCUUGGAUUUGGGACAAAAGGGCGUCGCCUUCACCAAUAUCGAUUUCUUACUGGGUAUUUCGCCAGACCCUAUCAAAAUAGAAGAGCCUGUCAAGGUUGAGCCAGAGGACGACGUUCAAGUAUCGAAGGUCUGCGAUGUGUCUUUGGCGGGGGUUGAUGAGAGGCUCUCAUCGACAUCGCACCUGCACGAACGGGAAUCGGAGACACUCAAAGACACUACGACGCUUGUAUCACCCAUAACUGACAAAGGAAACUUCACAAGCGUGGCUGCCUUGAAAGGAAUCUGCUUAGGCUCGACGCUAUCGCCGAUUGUGAAUACGAAAUCGAACGUCACCGUUUCUCCUUCCAGCAAUGGCAGUGGCGCGCUCUUGUCUUCGCGUGAGUACAAGAUCGAAUGGAGCCAGUUUCUGAAGCUUUAUACUCACAUAAAUCGCCCAGCGCCUCAAUCGCCUAUCAAUUCCCAGAAGAACGAAGAAGUGCUUGCAGCAAACCAGGCCGAUCCACCUUUCAAAACACAACACCUUAUCCUCAAGCGUAUGCAAACCAUCUUGGAACACGCAUGCUUCGACUUCGCCAAGGAAAACAUGCCUGGUAUCCUGACUACCAGGCAAUGGGACUGCCCUGAAGCAGGCGAGUUGAAUAUCUGGGUGUGGCAACUAAGAAAGAGGCUGGACGAGCUAAAACGUCGUGCUUGCUCGAAAGGUGUCGAGGUUUCUCUAAAGUCUGUCUUAGAUUCAAUCUCAGAUAUCCGUCACUUCGCUGUUCAUCGCCAGCCGAUUCGUGGCGACCAUCUCGCAUUAUUGUCGAGUCACGCCGUUGUAUUCUGUACCAUUCUUGAGGUCCCAGAUACAGAUGCUCUGAGCACACUUCAGACGGUGCGAGAUUCUGUCAAGACUCGCCUUGCAGAACUUUCUGAUCUGAAAAAUGGCAUUUACAGCAAACUUGACACUGCUCUCGAGGGGAUAGCUGUGCGUCGAGCAGAGCUAGAUGCCCUUGAGCAGAAGAUUAUCCAGGAUGCGCACGACAAGUUCGAAAGUCACCGGACCAUUGCCUGGAACCAGGUGGACCAUCUGCUUCCCUACAGAUACAACGAACCCUAUACGAUCAGGCAAAGCGACAUCGUCCUCCGUCAUGCCCUGAGAGUAUUUCCGAGUUUGAUCCUGUUCCUUCCUACUAUUCUCAUCUGCUUGCUCUAUUGUUUGGCUUAUUUCGGCUUCAGUUUUUGA